CCCUUGGGACAUGAAGUGGAUACUGUUCUUUGGGGCCCUGAUCGGGCUCAGCAUCUGUGGCCGAAAAAGGUUUUUUGGGGACCAAGUUUUUAGGAUUAACGUCAGAAAUGGAGACGAGAUCAGCAAACUAAGUCAGCUAGUGAAUUCAGACAACCUUAAGCUCAAUGUCUGGAAAUCUCCCUCCACCUUUGGUCGUCCCAUGGAUGUCCUGGUCCCAUCUGUCAGUCUGCAGCCAGUGAAAUCCUUCCUGAAGUCCCAGGGCUUAGAGUACUCCGUGACAAUUGAAGACCUGCAGAUUUACCGUGAGAUGGACAGCAUUGCUGGAGAUUUUCCUGAGUUGGCGAGCAGGGUGAAGAUUGGGCAUUCGUUUGAAAACCGGCCCAUGUAUGUACUAAAGUUCAGCACUGCAGAAGGCAGGCGGCGGCGGCCGGCCAUUUGGCUGAACGCAGGCAUCCACUCCCGGGAGUGGAUCUCGCAGGCUACGGCGAUCUGGACCGCGAGGAAGAUUGUAUCUGAUUACGGGAAGGAUCCAGCCAUCACCUCCAUUUUGGAGAAAAUGGAUAUUUUCUUGUUGCCUGUGGCCAAUCCUGACGGAUAUGUGUACACACAAACUCAAAACCGACUAUGGAGGAAGACACGGUCCCACAAUCCUGGAAGCCCUUGUGUUGGCGCUGAUCCAAAUAGAAAUUGGAAUGCUAGUUUUGCAGGAGAGGGAGCCAGUGACAACCCUUGCUCUGAAGUAUACCACGGACCCCAUGCCAACUCGGAAGUGGAGGUGAAGUCGGUGGUAGAUUUCAUCCAAGAACAUGGGGAUUUCAAAUGCUUCAUCGACUUGCACAGCUACUCACAGCUGCUGAUGUAUCCGUAUGGGUACACGGUCAAGAAGGCCGCAGAUGCUGAUGAACUGGACAAGGUGGCGAGGUGUGCGGCCAAGGCUCUGGCUUCCCUGUCGGGCACUACAUACCAAGUGGGUCCUACCUGCACCACUGUCUAUCCAGCUAGCGGGAGCAGCAUUGACUGGGCGUAUGAUAAUGGCAUCAAGUAUGCAUUCACGUUUGAGUUGAGAGAUACUGGGCACUAUGGCUUCCUCCUGCCAGCCAACCAGAUCAUCCCCACUGCAGAGGAGACCUGGUUGGGCCUGAAGACCAUCAUGGAGCAUGUGCGGGACAACCUCUACUAGAUGAGGAGCCCCACUCAGUCUCCAGUUAUUUCUCCCCGUGUACGCGUGCUCGCUAAAGCCACAAUUAAAGGGAGCUUGUUCUUCCAUGUGUGACUCAGAGCCCUCUGGUUUUGUGGGGGGCACAUGUCAGCCCCUCCCCAGCC